UCAGAGGACGAGGAAGAGGAGGAGGAGGAAGUUAGAGAGGAGCAGCCAUUGAUUUAUAGAGGACACGGUUCAACGUAUGGCGCCCUUUAUAGUGCUAGAGAUAACACUGACUCUGAGCUCUCGCACGUGAAUGCGUACGAAGACCGUGCCAAUCCCGUGUCUCUCCUCUUUUUCUUGUGGGUGUGGCCUCUGCUGAGACGAGGUGCCGUGGGGGGUCUUGAAUCAACGACUGACCUUCCCCCACUACCAAAGACUCUGCAAACUUCCCUCAUUCGUGAGAAAUUCAGAAAAGUUCUGGUACGGAGAGGGAGUGUAGCGACUGCUUCAACAAACGUGGAUGUUAACGUGAGUGUUAGUGGCCAACAGGGGACGGAGGGGUGGAGCACAGGUGGUGCGUCGUUUUUAGACUCAGAGGUAGCGAUGAGAUCCAUUGCAAGAACGACGCCACUACCGUCCACUACCCCACCAUUGACUAGCACUGACAGUAGUACAGACUAUACUGGGCCUGGACCGUCCGUGGAUGGUGCAAAGUUUCGGAAAACUGGCUCACAGACGGAUGGGAGAACCGCAAAGCAGUCUACAUCGCUGCUGUUCCUAUUCUCUGCCGCCAACCGCGCGUUUGGGUGGCACUACUACCCACUGGGUCUGAUCAAGUUUACCACGGACCUGCUGGGUUUUGCAGGGCCUCUCCUCCUCUACCAGCUAGUGUCUUUCAUUGAGAACAAACAAGAGCCAAUGUACUAUGGCUAUCUGUUUGCUCUGGGACUGAUGUGCAGCACACUGGUCACUGCUAUACUUACCUCUCAUUUCAAUUACCAGGUGAAUAAAGUAGGGCUGAAGGUGCGGGCAGCUCUUAUCACGGAAGUUUACAGGAAGUCCCUGUCAAUAAGCCUGUCAACAAUGUCCAGAUAUUCAACUGGACAGGUGGUGAAUUUCAUGAGUACCGACACCGACCGCAUCGUCAACUUCUGUCAGAGUUUCCACCAGUUUUGGAGUCUUCCAUUCCAGAUAGCCAUCUCUCUAUACCUCCUUUACCAACAGGUAGGGCUAGCAUUUCUGGCCGGUGUGGCGUUCUGUAUUCUCCUGAUUCCUGUAAACCGGUGGCUGGCCGUCAAGAUUGGCCAACUGAGUACAAGAAUGAUGGCCGACAAAGACAAUAGAGUCAAGGUCAUCAGUGAAGUAUUGACUGGGAUCCGUGUCAUAAAGUUCUAUGCUUGGGAAAAACACUUUUCUUCCAAGAUAUUUGAGCUCAGAGGGCGUGAGCUGAAGAGUCUGAAAGGUCGCAAGUAUCUGGACGCUCUCUGCGUGUAUUUCUGGGCCACAACUCCUGUCCUUAUCUCUAUCCUAACCUUCACUACAUACGUGGCACUUGGCAACCACCUCACCGCUGCUAAAGUGUUUACCAGUGUUGCUCUGUUCAAUGUGCUGAUCAGUCCUCUGAAUGCCUUUCCCUGGGUCAUCAAUGGACUGAUGGAGGCCUGGGUGUCAGUGAAGAGGGUCCAGCUGUUCCUGCAGUUGGAGGAGAUUGACUGGGCCCGCUACUACUGCCUUGACUAUGGACACUAUGGUGGGCACAGAGCCGACAGUGUUAAGAGUAAUGCUGCUGCUGCAGCAAUGUGUAUCAAUGAUGCCAGCUUUUCCUGGAGGAAUAGUGCUGGAGAAGAAGAAGAGGGAGGGAGUGGGGAAAACAGAGAGUCUGGGGAAGAUGGAGAGGAGAGGAGAGUCAAAAGAACGUGGACUCUUACUAAAGUUAACCUCACUGUUCCUCGUGGCAAGUUGGUAGGGGUGACAGGCCGGGUGGGGUCUGGAAAGAGCUCCCUGCUGGCAGCCAUCACUGCUGAGAUGAUCAGACUACAAGGACAGGUGUUCAUAGACAAUCUCGUUGAUGGGUUUGGAUUGGUGACUCAGGAGGCCUGGAUCCAACAGGCAACUGUGAAGAGCAAUAUUCUGUUUGGCCGUGAGAUGAAGCCCGCAUUCUACCUGCAGGUGGUGAAUGCCUGCGCCCUGCAGGAGGACUUGAGAAUUCUGCCGGCAGGGGAUGAAACAGAGGUGGGGGAGAAUGGAGUGACCCUCAGUGGGGGGCAGAAGACCCGUCUCUCUCUUGCCAGGGCUGUCUACCAGGACAAGUCAGUGUACCUGUUGGAUGAUCCUCUGGCUGCAGUGGAUGCUUACGUGGCUAGACAUCUCUACACUCACUGUAUAAUGGGACUCAUGGGACACAAGACUCGCAUCCUCUGCACCCACCACCACAGGUUUCUGCGUGAUGCAGACUGGGUGGUGGUGAUGGAGGGAGGGAGGGUGGACCAGGUCCACUCCGGACCUCCCGGCACUGUCUUACCCUGGCUUGAGACACAACAGCAGGAAAUGGCUCCAGGAGCUGAGAAACUUGGUGGUGGUGGGAGUGGGGAGGAGGAAGAGGAGGAGGGUGAGGAUAAAAAGCCUCUGGAGGCUACACUAGAUGUGUGUGCACCUGAGGCUGGAGGGGGUCCUGUGUGUGAAGACAGUGGUAGUGGUACUGCUGGGGGCAGCAAGGAGACCGCUCUGGUGCAGGAGGAAGAGAAGGAGGUUGGAGUGGUUGCUCUGAGUGUCUACCUCACCUAUUGGGCUGCUGUCGGCUCUCUGCUUGCUCCAGCCAUCUUCAUAGCUCUCUUCCUUAUGCAAGGUAGGCUUUGAGCUCUGAUGAUGGUACGCCUUAGUUGAAGAAUGUGAGUAAUAUAUGCAUAAGUGCUGGCACGGGUAGAUAAUGUAUUGGUCCGAAGAAGGAAACAGUUCGCCUAUGGAAGUCGAACCCCGUGACUGGGAGAAAGCGUGAACUAAGCACUUAGCUAUACUUCACCCCUGGAUUUGUCCUUAGCUGUUUCCAGAGACUUACCAAAUUGUGUUCCCGUUUUCAACAGCUUUAAAGUUGCACGGACUUAGGACUUGAACCCUAAGGUUAGAUUCACAAUUGUGUGUCACAGUGCCCUGUUGGGAAGUACUGCGUCGCGUCAUGUCACAAAGGAUUCUAUCCUCGCGAUGCGCCAACGCUGCACGGCGGACUGGCGACAUUGUGAACUUAGCCAUAAUUGUUUCUGUUUGAUGCUGUUUCUUUUCUGAGCGUGGGCUCUUUUUCUCGCAGCCUCAAAGAACGUGAGUGACUGGUGGCUGGCCUACUGGAUCUCCCACACUCACCGCCACCCUGGGAGCAACUUGACCCUCUCCUCAUCUCUCCUUCUUUCACCAGCCACACUCGGCACUUUGCUGGAUGACGGCUCGGCCAGUGGUGAUGGUAAUGCUACCGUCCUGAGGGAAGCGGCGGAUAGUUUGAUAUUCUACCUGGGAAUAUACGGAGGCCUUGCUGCAGCUAACUCAGUGUUCACGCUGUUCCGAGCCUUUCUCUAUGCCUAUGGAGGUGUGUGUGCUGCUAAAGUCCUGCACAAGAAGCUCUUUCACUCUAUUCUCAGAGCACCCACCGCCUUCUUUGACGUCACUCCUAUAGGACGAAUUGUGAAUCGCUUCUCUUCUGAUAUUUAUUCCAUAGACGACAGUCUCCCAUUCAUCAUGAACAUCCUCCUGGCCCAGGUCUAUGGUCUGCUGGGUACUCUAGCAGUCACCUGCUAUGGUCUGCCCUGGUUCUCUCUCCUACUGCUACCACUGGCUGUCCUCUACUACUACAUUCAGAGAUUCUACAGAAGAACAUCUAGGGAGCUGAAGAGGUUGUCUUCAGUCACGCUGUCUCCGGUGUAUGCCCACUUCUCAGAGACGCUGGCUGGCCUGUGGACCAUUCGGGCUCUCCGGGCCACCGUGAGGUUCAUCCAGGAGAACCAGGACAGACUGGACGUGAACCAGAGAGCCAACUACGGCAGUUAUGCGGUGGCUCAGUGGCUGGGGCUAUACCUGCAACUACUAGGAGUGGCCAUGGUGGCUGGUGUCUCCUUCCUUGCUGUAUUGGAACAUCACUUCAGCUCCGUAGACCCUGGUCUGGUGGGUCUGGCCAUCUCCUAUGCUCUGUCGGUGACUGGGCUCCUGUCAGGGGCUGUCACGUCGUUCACAGAGACUGAGAAACAGAUGGUGAGUGUGGAGAGGGCCAUGCAGUACAUCAGUGGAGCUCCAGCAGAGAAAGACUCUGGAACUACUCAGCCUCCUCCUGGCUGGCCAUCUGCUGGAAGAGUUGAGUUCCACAAUGUGACUCUCAGCUACAGGUCAGACCAUCCUCUAGCUUUGGACCAUGUUUCAUUUGUCGCAAAACCAGGAGAAAAGAUAGGAGUGGUGGGUCGGACUGGGGCAGGCAAGUCAAGUCUCCUCCAGGCCCUAUUCAGGAUGGUGGACAUCAGCAGUGGCUCCAUCACCGUAGAUGGAGUUGACACAGCCUCCCUGCCUCUGGAGAGACUCAGGUCAGUGAUGGCUGUCAUUCCCCAGGACCCCUUCCUCUUCAGCGGUACUAUCAGAGAGAACCUCGACCCCUGUAAUCAGUACUCAGACCAUGAGCUGUGGUCAGUGUUGGAUCGCUGCCACCUCCGUUCCACUGUCUCCAACAUGGGUGGGCUCCAAUUGGAGGUGGAAGAGAGAGGGCGUUUGUUCUCCGUGGGUCAGAGGCAGCUGGUGUGUCUAGCGCGUGCUCUGCUGCGGAGGUCAAAGGUCAUCUGUAUUGACGAGGCAACGGCAAACGUUGAUCUCCAGACCGAUGCUCAUAUCCAGAGCACAAUUUCCCAAGAGUUCAGAGAGAGCACUGUUCUUACCAUUGCACACAGGAUCAAGACUGUGCUGCAGUGUGACCAGGUCCUGGUGAUGGAGCAGGGCAGGGUGAGGGAGUUUGGGCCUCCCUCUUCCCUCCUCCAGCAACCUGGCAGCUACUUCCUUGCCAUCUACAGUGAACACUGGUAGUGGCCACUGUGUACUACAUACGUACACUAUUACCAAUAACAUCUCUAAUUAAUUUAACAAAGAGACA